AACAACAAAACAAAACCAAAAUCACCGAAACAACGAGGCACAAGACAAAUCAAGGGACUUCAAAGUGCAAAAGCCAGUGAAGUGAAAGCACCUCUAAACUCUUAAACCCUUUAUCACAGUUUAAACCUCUUGUUUAGUUUAGCGAGUUGAACACAAAAGAAACAACGCAUAGAUGCAGGGCGUUGUAAGAAAACUAACCAAAACAUUUUCACACAGACAGGUUCUAGGUUUUCGUUCUUAUUGCAAUGACAGAGUCGCCGUUGAUGUUGGACAACCAACCCCUGCAUCUCAUCCACAGCUUAUAAACGACGGCGAGAUCACACCAGGGAUAUCUAGUGAGGAAUACAUCCUAAGAAGAAAGAAAAUGCUGGAACUUCUGCCUGAGAAGAGUUUGGCUAUCAUUGCUGCUGCCCCAGUAAAGAUGAUGACAGAUGUCGUGCCUUAUACGUUUCGGCAAGAUGCUGAUUACUCGUAUAUUACAGGCUGUCAACAGCCUGGUGGUGUAGCUGUUUUAGGGCAUGACAUUGGUUUAUGCAUGUUCAUGCCAGAACCCAAGCCUUAUGAUGUGAUUUGGCAAGGGCAAAUAGCAGGAGUUGAUGCAGCAUUGGAUACAUUCAAGGCUGACAAGGCGUAUCCAAUGAGAAAAUUGCGCGAGAUCCUUCCAGAUAUGAUAAGGGGAUCCUCGAAAUUGUAUCACAAUGUUCAGACUGCUACAUCAGCAUAUACGGAACUGGAGGCUUUCAAGAAACUAGCUUACUGUAACAGUGUAAACGAUCUGUCUGCUUAUACUCAUCAGUUACGAUGGAUAAAAUCUCCUUCAGAGCUCAAGCUGAUGAAGGAAUCUGCAUCAAUUGCUUGCCAGGCACUUUUGUUGACAAUGCUGCAUUCAAAGACAUACCCUGAUGAAGGUAUUCUAGCUGCAAAGGUUGAAUAUGAAUGCAAAGUGAGAGGUGCCCAGCGAAUGGGUUUCAAUCCCGUGGUUGGUGGUGGGCCUAAUGGAAGUGUUAUACAUUACUCUAGGAACGAUCAAAAGAUUAAAGAUGGAGAUCUUGUUUUGAUGGAUGUUGGAUGUGAGUUACAUGGUUAUGACAGUGAUCUCACACGUACCUGGCCACCUUGUGGUACCUUCUCUUCUGCACAGGAAGAGCUUUAUGAGCUUAUACUGGAAACAAACAAGCAUUGUGUGGAACUUUGUAAGCCUGGUGCUAGUAUUCGACAAAUACACAACCGUUCGGUUGAAAUGCUGCAGAAAGGACUAAAGGAGUUUGGAAUUUUGAAAGGUUUUGGAAGCAGUUCCUACCAUACGCUGAACCCAACUUCUAUAGGUCACUAUCUAGGAAUGGACAUUCACGAUUGUUCAAUGAUCAACUUUGACAGUCCUCUGAAGCCAGGUGUUGUAAUAACUAUUGAACCGGGAGUGUACAUUCCAUCUUCUUUUAAUUGCCCAGAGAGGUACCGAGGCAUUGGGAUAAGGAUUGAGGAUGAGGUUCUCAUUACAGAAACAGGUUACGAGGUUUUAACAGCAUCAAUUCCUAAAGAAGUGAAGCAAAUUGAGUCCUUGCUGAACAGCUUCAGUCAUAACCAAAGUAACUUGAGAGCUACAUUCAACUAAUGUUGUCCAUAUGCAUUCAAGAACUGGGACAGUGAAUAUUUGCAAUUGCAUUGUCAAAACUGUAGGUAAAUUAUUUCCAUCCCUUAUUUUUUGCCCCCUCCAUUUUCACUUUUAGCUCAGCAAAAAUCUUGGUGGGGGGAGGGUGACAAGAGAAUAAGAAAGGUGGGGUAGGUUUCCUUACUUUUUGUAUGGACUGAUAGAGUAGUAGGUUUCUUGUACCUGAUUGAUUGUUGCAUAUUUUCUGUCUGGUUUUGUUGUUGUAAAUGAUUAAUGAUAUUAUAAAAUGGCCAGGUCAGUUUAAAAUUUUCACAUCAGUUAGAAAUUGUAAUAAUAUUUUACACAGGCUUUUACGAGGAUGAAAUAAGUUUAAUUUUUUUAUGUA